AUGGUGAAACGGAAGACGAGCUGCUUCUUGGACAUCCUUCUCUCGCUGAUGCCUGUUGAAAUUGGCUCGUGCAGGCAUUGGGAGGUAAGCUUGAGAAGGUCUGCGAGGAGCGUGAAGAUGCACUUGAUCGAUUUCUCCAGGCGCAUGCUCUGUGCAAGUCUUGUGCUGACAACAGUCAAAGCCAGCAGUCUGGCACGUCACCGCACUGGCCGUCGUAAACACCGCUGCAUGUGUGGCUUCACAUACUAUAACCUGUCAGCCUCACGUUGGAAUUGGGCAGCAGGAGCUGGAUGGCAGUGUGGCAACUUCUUCCGCGCAGAUCCGCUAUGA